GUUCACUGACAGAAGAAAAUGUCGAACACAAUCCCAGUAUUCCUGAUAGGACUGUCCUUGUUGUUUGGGUCCACUUGUGAAGGCAGUAGGAUCCUGGUAGUCCCGGUUGAUGGCAGCCACUGGAUCAACAUGGAGGUAAUCCUCCGAGAGCUGCACUCCAGGGGCCAUGACAUCACAGUCCUGCACUCUCCUAAAAGCUGGUACAUCUCCACUAACUCAUCGUUCUACACUUCUAUUACCAGACGUAUGAUGGAGGAUGAAGUGGACAGGAACUUCUAUAAUAAAAUACUUUUUGACUUCAUGAACUGCCGCAAGUCGACACAGUUUCUACGCACCUUCUGUCAGAGCAGAAGAGUUGGAACCAUGCUGGAGAGAGGCCAUGCAGUCCUGGCUGACGCCGCUGCUGAAAUGCUGGAUGACAGAGCUUUUAUAAAGUCGCUGCAAGAUGCCAAGUUUGACCUCAUGCUGACAGAUCCUGCCUUGACUAUUGGUGUUCUGUUGGGUAGUUACCUCAAGCUACCAAUGGUUUAUAAUGUGCGCUGGACUAAUACUGGGGAGGCCCAUUUCACCAUAGCUCCCUCUCCUCUGUCCUACGUACCUAUGUCUGGAAGUGAACUUCAUGAUCAAAUGGAUUUUUUGGAAAGGACCAAGAACAUGCUGCAUUAUCUUCAAAGCUUUGUUCUAAAACGCUUUUACAUAGACCCUCUUUAUUCAGAUCUGCUCCAGCGGCACUACCCUCCUGGAUCGGACCUGUUGUCCUUGGAGCGUUCGGCUGAUCUCUGGCUAGUUAGGUCCGAUUUUGUCUUUGAGUUUCCUCGCCCAACAAUGCCCAAUGUGGUCUACAUAGGGGGCUUCCAGUGCAAAGAGGCAAAGCCCCUCCCUGCUGACCUGGAGGCCUUCAUGCAGAGCUCUGGGGAGCAUGGGGUGGUGGUCAUGUCCCUUGGGACGUUGGUGUCGGCUCUGUCCCGUGACGUUACGGAAGCCAUUGCUGCUGCUUUUGCUCAACUCCCUCAGAAGGUGGUGUGGAAGUUUCUUGGUGAGAAGCCUUCAUCUUUGGGGAACAAUACCCUCUUGGUGAAGUGGCUGCCUCAGAAUGACCUCCUCGGCCAUCCCAAGACUCGUGCCUUCAUAGCCCAUGGUGGCACCAACGGCAUGUAUGAAGCCAUCUACCACGGCGUUCCUGUUGUAGGCAUCCCCCUCUUCUUUGACCAGUUUGACAAUGUUCUCCGACUAGAGGUGCGUGGGGCUGCUAGGGUGGUUGAGGCAGGGACUCUUACAGAGGAAGGCUUCCUUGAAGCCUUGAAGGAUGUCCUGGAGACUCCUUCGUACCGUCAGAACAUUCAACAACUAUCAGAGCUUCACCGGGACGUCCCAACAUCGCCAAUGGACACCACCAUCUUUUGGAUCGAGUAUGUCAUUAGACACAAAGGAGCGGUUCAUCUGCAGUCACAAGCUUUUUCUCUGCCUUGGUACUCCUAUUUCUGUCUAGAUGUGGCUCUUCUUUUCAUGGUCCUCAUCGGGGCCUUCGUGUGGACAUCAGUCACAUUCUGCAGGAUUCUCUUUUGCCGCAAGUCCGGAGGGAAACGGAGGGCAGAAUACGCUGGCACGUUUUCUGAAUUGUGUGGGGAAAAACUCAAAAAUCUCAGCAGUUUGAAGCACCAGAAUUACUCAAAAUGACUAUUGGGAGCUUUUGAGACUUCUCUGAACUUUUUAUAGUAUGUGAUCAAAGUGGACCUGAACCAAACCUUUAUUUAAGUUUUAAUGUGACAAACACAGUGUGCUUAAAACUCUCACGCUUUGACAUUUCAAACCAAUGAUUUUAAAUUUUAGCUCAUAUAUUUGCCUUUUAAAAACAUUUUUUCCUUUAAAUGCCAUGUGUGGACCUUUUGAACUAUUAAGUUUGAAUUUUUAUCUCAGAU